AUGAGAGCAAUAAAAAUAAAUUCAGGGUUUGAAAGGAAAGAUGGAACUACUCUUGUUAUCUUGGAUGAUUUUCCAACAAAGUCUAAACCACAAGAUAUAGGCAUCCCAUAUGAGAGGAAACGGUGCAAGGUCCUUUUGACCACACGUGACGAAGCAGACUGCAUCAACAUGGGAUGUGACCAUUUGAUUCCUUUGGAGCCAUUAUCUGGUGAUGAGGCUUUGUCCCUGCUGCAAAAACUUUCAGGUGUGAACCCCCGAUCCGAUCUAUUCUACAUGGCACAAGAGAUUGCUUUUACAUGCAAUGGCCUACCUGGUCUAAUUAAAGAUGUGGUGUCUUCCUUACAAAAGAAGUCCCUUGAGAAGUGGGAAGAAUCAUUAGUUAGUCUAAGCCACUCAAAAGCCCGCUAUCAAAUUUUUAUCAGUUUUAGAGGAAUGGAUACUCGGGAGAUUUUCACAAGGCAUCUCUAUGAUGCGUUGUGCAAGGAGGGAUUUUACACCUUUAAAGAUGACCAAUCAUUGGAGGGUGGAGCCCCAAUUGAGGAACUUCUUGAAGCCAUUGAAGAAUCAAGGUUUGCAAUUGUCGUUUUGUCUAAAAAUUUUGCAGACUCUAAAUGGUGUCUUACGGAACUUGUCAAGAUUCUUGACUGUCGGAAGAGGAAGAAACAGUUAGUUUUGCCAAUUUUUUAUGAAGUGGAACCAACUGACAUAAGGCAUCUAAAAGGGAGGUCUGGUGAAGCCAUGGCUGAACAUGAAAAAGAGUUAGGAAAGGAUUCUAAGACAGUGCUGGAAUGGACACACGCUUUGAGGGAUAUUUCCAACUUGAAAGGAGAGCGUUACGAAGGGUACGUAAUUCAAUACCACUCAGUUUUCAUCUCGAACAACAUUAACAACAAGAGUAGCAUGUUAAAAAUCACAAAGCUGCGAAGAAAAGCAGAGAGGAAGAAGGAGGCGCCGAACCCAGACAACCUGCAACUGUCAGAUCUGGUUGAAGGUAAAAGGGAGAGAAAGAUGAAGAGGUUGUUGGUGAUGAAGAAGCAAAAUGGAAGACCCUUUAACUCCACCACCUGCUUCGCCUUCUCCGCCGCCUACGGCCUCGCCGUCGAGGUAACAGAACUGGUUCGCCUCCAUCCCCAACUUCAACGCCUCCACCGCGGUUUCCAGAUUUGGGCAAGCUUCCAUAGACCUGCAACCGGAGUUUCUGGCGUCUUUUCAAAGCAAGACAACCACCAUUGGACUUCUCUUCUUGAGAACUUUCAGGUCCUGUAG